GCUAGGAUCGGACCCGCUUGCAGAUUGCAGUUCCCAGCCAUGGCUCCGCGCUGCUGGCGCUGGUGGCACUGGUCGGCGUGGCCUCGGAUCCGGCCACCCUCCGCCCGGAGCACCCUGACCCUUGGGGGUGCAGAUGAAGUAAGGGACCCUGCAAAUGCCAAAUGUUGAGGAACAAGAGAAGGAGGGUGCAGGUGAGGGUGAAGCUUGGGCAGUUCCAGCUUCUCCUGAACCCUGAAGUUGGUUUGGGAGAAGACCCCCAAGAUCUGUGUGGUGGGCAGUGGCCCAGCAGGUUUCUACACGGCCCAACACUUGCUAAAGCACCACUCCCAGGCCCACGUGGAUAUCUACGAGAAGCAGCUCAUGCCUUUUGGCCUGGUGCGCUUUGGCGUGGCGCCCGACCACCCCGAGGUGAAGAAUGUCAUCAACACGUUCACCCAGACGGCCCAGUCUGACCGCUGUGCCUUCCGUGGCAAUGUGGAGGUGGGCAGGGACGUGACCGUGCCGGAGCUGCGAGAGGCCUACCAUGCUGUGGUGCUGAGUUACGGGGCAGAGGACCAUCAGGCCCUGGAAAUCCCUGGGGAGGAGCUGCCAGGUGUGUUCUCGGCCCGGGCCUUUGUGGGCUGGUACAAUGGGCUUCCGGAGAACCGGGAGCUGGCUCCAGACCUGAGCUGUGACACAGCUGUGAUUCUGGGGCAGGGGAAUGUGGCUCUGGACGUGGCCCGCAUCCUGCUGACCCCACCUGAGCACCUGGAGAAAACGGACAUCACGGAGGCAGCCCUGGGGGUACUGAGGCAGAACCGGGUGAAGACGGUGUGGAUAGUGGGCCGGCGUGGACCCCUGCAAGUAGCCUUCACCAUUAAGGAGCUUCGGGAGAUGAUUCAGUUACCAGGAACCCGGCCCAUUUUGGAUCCUGCAGAUUUCUUGGGUCUCCAGGACAGGAUCAAGGAGGUCCCCCGCCCGAGGAAGCGGCUGACAGAACUGCUGCUUCGAACAGCCACGGAGCAGCCAGGGAUGGAGGAGGCUGCCCGCCAGACGUCAGCCUCCCGGGCCUGGGGCCUCCGCUUUUUCCGAAGCCCCCAGCAAGUGCUUCCCUCACCAGAGGGGCGGCGGGCAGCAGGGAUCCGCCUGGCAGUCACCAGACUGGAGGGUGUUGGUGAGGCCACCCAGGCAGUGCCCACAGGAGACGUGGAAGACCUCCCUUGUGGACUGGUGCUGAGCAGCGUUGGGUAUAAGAGCCGCCCUAUCGACCCCAGCGUACCCUUUGACCCCAAACUUGGGGUCAUCCCCAAUACGGAGGGUCGGGUUGUGGACGUGCCAGGCCUCUACUGCAGUGGCUGGGUGAAGAGGGGACCCACAGGCGUCAUAGCCACCACCAUGACUGACAGCUUCCUCACCGGCCAGUCGCUGCUGCAGGACCUGAAGGCCGGGCUGCUCCCCUCUGGCCCCCGGCCUGGCUACACCGCCAUCCAGGCUCUGCUCAGCCUUCGAGGGGUCCGGCCGGUCUCUUUCUCAGACUGGGAGAAGCUGGAUGCAGAGGAGGUGGCCCGGGGCCGGGGCACCGGGAAGCCCCGGGAGAAGCUGGUGGAUCCUCAGGAGAUGCUGCAGCUGCUGGGGCACUGAGCCCAGACCCCUGUCCGGGGCGGGGGAGGGAGGAGGGCUUGCAGGGAGAGGGCCCGAUCAGCCUGAGAGGGAUUCGGUGCCCCCGCUGCAUCGCGCCGCCCCGCUGAGGGCUUGGCUGUGCCUCUUCCAGGGGUCUCUGGACACGCCCUCCUGUGAGGAGACGGCCGUGCCUGCGGUUUAGUUUUCGGCAGGGAGGUAACCUCAGGGCUGAGCGGAGGCGCCGGCUGACCUCACUCCCUCCCACCUCUCUCCCGCUGGACUGGGGGGUCACGAGCUGGGAACACGCUGGAAAUAAAACAGCCGCAACCAAGGG